AUGGGGAGCUUUAAGGGCCACGCGCUGCCCGGCAGCUUCUUCCUGGUGGCCGGGAUCUGGUGGACGGGGAAACACUCGCUGUGGCACGCCACCCGCAGGAACAAGAACAUCGGCUCCACUCGGCUGGCCAGCAGAGCCUCGCAGCGCCGCCUGGAGGUCAUCGAGAACUCUGUCGUGCUCUUCUUCUCCUUAGUUGGGAUGCUGGCGGAGCAGUUUGCAGCCGGCGGGCCCAGACUGCAGCUGUACGACUUCACGGAGAAACACUGGCAGUACCUGAUGAACUGGCAGCACGCCACCAUGUACUUCUUCUUCGGCCUGGCUGCCACCGUGUCUUUGGUUCUUCAGACCACCGAGGCGGCUCCUCUGGCGCUGGACCGGCUCAUGCUGGCUGUUGCUUUCUUUAAUGAAGGCUUCCUCUUCUUCUACCACCUCCAUGGCCGGAGCAUGCUCGACGUCCACAUGCACCAGCUGCUGCUCUUCGCCGUCUUCGGUCAGGCUCUGGUUGCCUUCCUGGAGGUUUUCCACCGAGGGAACGUCCUCCUGGAGCUGCUGCGCUGCACGCUCACUCUGCUGCAGGGCAGCUGGUUCUGGCAGAUUGGAUUUGUGCUGUACCCCCCCCGCGGCCCUGAGUGGGACCUGACGGAUCACAACAACAUGAUGUUCGUCACCAUGUGUUACUCCUGGCACCUCGCCUUCGCCAUGCUCGUGGUGAGCACGCUGUACUGCACCGUCAGCUGGUAA